CACCAGCUCCGAAUGGACAAUCGUACAUCGGCUUCUUUUUGCUCUGAACCUUCCAGGGGCCCUCUGGAUAGCAGCUGAUUUGUCGAUCUCCUUGGCAAGUAUGUUGUUGAUAUUUUUACUGCAGCUAAUCUACGGCUUCGAGGGUCUAUCGGGAGCUGAGCAUGAGACGCUGUGCGUCUCGAACACCUGCUUCACCGCACAUAUGGAGAGAAUGAGCUUCGAGAAGGCCCAGCAGAACUGCAGAGACAAUGGAGGCUAUCUGAUGACCCAGAGGGACCGACAAGAAGAAGCUGCGCUGCUUUCUCUUCUCUCGCUGAUCCAGAGGCAGCGUCAGGACAGAACGCUCAGGUUUUGGAUUGGACUGAAGCUGCACAGGCAGGACUGUGUGUUGCCUAAGCAGGCUCUCAAAGGAUUUAAGUGGGUGUCUGGAGAGAAGGAUUCCUAUUACUCCAACUGGAAGGAAGAUCCAGUAGAGACGUGCACGGCGGAGAGAUGUGUACGGGUCGAAUUCAGUUCUUCAGGUCAGAGUGACUUGAAAUGGACAGCCGGACAAUGCAGAAACCCUUCUUUUUAUGCAUGUAAGUUUUAUUUUAAAGGGAUGUGCAGACCCUUGGCCUUGCUAGGACCUGGACAGAUAAUGUACACAGCACCCUUCGCCCAGGAGCCAGAAAAGAGUGAACUGAAGUCCUUUCCACUCGGGACAUAUGCCAAUAUUGAAUGCGAUGACCAGCAGUUUCACUUCUCGCUGUGCAGAGGAGAUGGUGACACCUACAGCUGGAAUGACCCUGGACCUUUUUGCGGAUCAGGAAAACGAAGCUGUGGGAUUAACAACGGUGGGUGUGAACAUGUGUGCCAUCAGGAGGCAGAUCACGUCAAGUGCUCCUGCGACGAAGGUCACGACCUGGAAGCAGACGGACUCGCCUGCCGGAUGAAAGAUUUGUGUGGUCCUGACACCUGCCAGCAUGAGUGUGUCAUGAGCGUGUCGGGAUUCUUCUGCAAAUGUCCCGAUGGGUUUGUGCUGAGCGAAAACAAGCGCGACUGCACUGACGUCAACGAGUGCCAAUCAGAUCCAUGCGAUGACCACUUGUGCACAAAUACACACGGAAGUUACAUGUGCACUUGUAAAGAUGGCUACCACAUGGUGGACGGCAAAUGCAGAGACGUGGACGAGUGCGCAAAGUCAAAGUGUGAGCACGGAUGCUUGAACAGCAUUGGAUCCUUCUCCUGUCACUGUAACGAAGGCUUCGCGUUAUCCAAGGACGGCCUCUCCUGCGUGGACGUCAACGAAUGCGUCGCCAGUCGCUGCUUUGCCGAGUUCAUCUGCAUCAACACCGUGGGCAGUUUCACGUGCACCAACCCACAGGGCUUCCAGAACGAGAUCGACGCGUCGACGCUCGCCCCACGCGCCACUGUCCCGUCGGCCGUGUCGUCCGACAAACCCGCCGACGAGCAAACACAGCCGAACUCAACGGAUUCUCUGAGGGGAACCUCAGUGGAGCUCCAGCACCCGUCGCCCCACACGGACCCCCCGCUGCCGGAACUGGUGAACGUGACCGAGAGCGAUCGGCAGGGAAACUCGUCCUCGUCCACAGGGCCUUCCCAGGAGGUGAACACCAGGGUGCUAAUCUGCGUGCUGGGGUCCGUCAUCCCCCUGGUCCUGCUGGUCGCUGUGACUCUCUUCAUCGCCAUCUUCCGAUGCAACCGUGCCAAAAAGGAAGCCAAAAAGACCACCACGACAGACGGCUACUGCUGGGUGUCCUCUGGUUUGGAUCCACGUUUAGAAAAGCUAUACGAGUCCAUCUUAACCGAUGACCUAUGACCACAAAGGUGCAAAGACAUAGAUUGUGUUAAUUUAAGUAAUUUAUGUUUUUACUUCUGGUUUGAGCCUUACUAUUCAAGUAUUACAUAUCAUUAAAAAAAAAUCUUCCAGACCAAGAGGCAAUUCAUCUUUGAUGGAGAAAUAACAGAGGAGAAAUGAUGAAUAUGGCAGCAGAGAGAGAAUACUAGUGUUAAAAGGUAGAGAGAAUACUAGUGUUAAAAGGUGAUGCUAAACACAAAUUCUGGUCUUAAAGGACAGUUCAGGAGUUCUGAGUUAAGAAAAUAGAAACAGUAUAGUUAGAUUUUUUUCUUUGUUUUUUUAUUUACCAAGAAAUUGAGUAUUAAUGAGUAUGUCUUCAUUCCAUCAUGCAAAUGAAGUGAAAUAAUAUUAUAUAGGUUUAAUUCCUGAUACAGCAGGACAGAAACAGAUAAAUACAGAAACAGUUGCAAGAAAAUGCAUCUCAAGUUAAGUAAUAUGUGAUAAACAGAUACGAUGCAUGUUGUGCUUUAAAUGUAUAAAACCUCAUUGGUGAUGCAUUUAUAUGUAAAGUGGUACUUGGGGUAUCAUUACCUAGUUUAGGUAGAUGUUAGUCUGUUUAUUUAAACAGCAACUGGUAAGUAAAAUCUGUAAUAAAGUGAUUAAAAAUUACAAAACCUCCCUCUGAAUAUAUAUGUAGUUAAAUGCUAGAGUGCAGGAUAUAAAGGCGAAUUUUUUUGUGAGUAGGUUUGUUUGUAAAAAGCUUCACUUUUUAAAAGAACAUAAGAUUCAUAAGUUUCAAUCAUCAAAAUCAUCUGAACCCGAUAAAUUGUUGCCUUUUAGUGAAAUUAGAAAGAUUGUGACAUAUCAACAUUAGCUCUAGAUGAAACUUUAAUAUUUGUUUAAUCUUGUUUUGGUCUAACACACAUGGAAUGGCUGAAUUAAGGGAGUAAUUCACUUAUCAUAGUUUACUGAACAGAGGCUGCACAUGAGUGUGUGUGUAGACACAUUCAUACUGUAUGCAACCAGACAAAAAUUAAAUGAAUUGUCUCUCUUGAAAAAUAAGAGGAACAUGG